AUGGGCCAUCAUCAGCUUAGCCGUGCUCUGAUCGAGCGUGCCCUAGGUUACCAUGGAAAGCAGCUGCAAAAAAUAUGGGAAACCGAACGGCACGAUGAAUUGCAGCAGCUUGGCAUUGAAUCCGAUCCGGAUUUCAGCGUCUAUAUGGCUCGCCAAAAACAUCUCCCCUUUUGCGAGCGUGCCAAGCGAUUGAAGCUGCAUCAGUUCAUAGCCAAGAACGCACAAACGCUGUUCGACAGGUCGCUAAUAGCCAACGAUGUCAAGUUCCACCGCGAUUUUAACGAAUGUGAUUACUUCGACGUGCCCCCCAUGGAGACAUUUAUGGGGGUGGAAGCGAUCGACAAGUUGGACCACCUGCUGGAGACCGUGCAACCGGGAGAUGUGGUUUACGGUAGUGUGGUUUUCCAAAAUUUCGGAGGCAUAGUGUUGAAACCCUUGCUCAUAGUUGGGAACGUUAGAUAUUAUGUACGAAACAAAACGUUAAAGGCUACAAUAGCGAAAAAUUUAGUGGUGCCCGCCAGGCAAACGAAGGGAAUUGCGACGGGUUACAACGUAAACGAUUACGUUUGCUGCGAGGUACUCGAUGUGAGUCCCGAUGUGCGGCGACUGGUCUGCACAAUGAUCCGCAGCGCUCAAAGCCGUGCCCCGGAAUCUGUAGCGUACGGUUUGUUAUUGGCGGAAGAACUCCCCGCGACUUACAAGUUAGCUACAAACACAAAACCGGGAACCUACCAGUUGUUGCUCGAAAAGGCACCGUCGUUCCGUGAUCCGCGGUUCGCGAAGGAACUGGUGAAACAGGUCGGACUGGACAGUGACGAGUUUUACACCAACAUGUCGAGCUUAAAGGGACGCUAUCCGUCGCAGGAAUAUGCGAGCGAGCUGCGAAAUGUGCAGGCGAGCAAGUGGGCAUUCCGAUCGGUGGCAGAGGGAAUCGAACACUUUAAAGAGGGCCGCCACUCGGAGGCGUUCCAGUGCCUGAACAAAGCACUGAGCAUUGAUCCGCGCAACGUGGAAGGUUUGGUGGCCCGUGGUGCCCUGUACGCCAACAGUGGGUCGUUCAAGAAAGCGGUCGAAGACUUCGAGGCGGCCCUCAAGCUCAAUCCAUCGCACGCCAACGCGCGCAAGUACAUGGGCGAAACGUUGGUGGCGCUCGGGCGAAGCUACGAGGACGAGAAUCGGGUCGAAGAGGCGAGGAAAGCGUACCAGGACUGUCUCAACAUUAUACCGCACCACGAGGAGGCACAGUCGUCGUUGGACUUUUUGAAAGCGAAGCCCAUGUACGGCAAGCAGAUUGUCGAACCGACCGAACUGGAACUGCCAGCGCUGAACAUCGUGAAACCGUCAUCGAGUGAUCGCAUCAAGCAGGAACCGGACACUUCGGGCGGCAGUGGAAUUGGCCUAGGAGCCACCGGUGGUGGUGCCGGUGGUGGCGGCGGCAUUGGUGGUGGAGGAAGCAGCAGCAAGCGCGACAAUUCCGAAGGCACGCGAAAAGAGCGCAAAAAGGAAAGCAAAAAGGAUCGCAAAAAGCGUCACAAGAAGCAUCAAAGUAGCUCGAGCGAUUCGAGCUCGGACAGCUCGGAUAGUAGCGAUUCGAGCAGUGAUUCGAGCAGCAGCACCACCGAUUCGUCAAGUAGUUCCGAUUCGUCCGGAUCGCGAAACAAAAAACGCAAGCGCUCGAAGGGCGAGAAAAAGAUAAAAUCUCUGUCUCCGUUCAGCAAGCGCAUGUCGGCAGUCAUGGGCCGCGCCGGUGCCGUUGGUGGUGUUGCGCCCGGGGAGCUAGUGGGAUAUCCGCUAGGACAUGCCAGCGGGAGCGGUGUCGGAGCUGGUGGCCUGUUUGGUCAAUCGUCUUCCUCCCACGGUCAGUCCGGUUUUGAUGAUUACGAACAAAAGGUUCUUAAGUUUUUGGAAAUGCCACGCAACGAGGAAGACUACGAAGAGAAGGUGCGUAGAUUCGUCGCCGAGGCCACCAAGUACCAGAAGGAACGCAAACAGCUAGAGGACAAGUCGAAGAAGAAGAAAAAGAAGGAAGAGAAAAAGGCGAAAAAGGAGAGCAAAAAGAAGCGCAAAUCGGACGAGAAAAAAAAAUCCAAGAAGAAGGAUAAGGGCAGCGGCGGUGGCGGCGGAGGCGCAGGCGAUGACGAUCCGGCGAUCGAUAAGGACAAGCUCCGCGAAGCAUUGAAGAUUUUUGAAAAUUUCCCCGUCCUCGAUGAGCUUGGUUCGAAGCUGGGCGAAUAUUACGCCAAACAAUCGGCCGCCGCCGGUGCGGGCGGUAGUUCUGCGGCAGAAAUUCUGUCCGCACUAUUGAGUGGCAGCGCCGCCGGUGCCGGUGCCGGUGCGGGAGCAAGCGGAAGUUCGGGUGCAGCCGGCAACAGUCGGGCCAAGGAUCGCGAUUCGUUCCGGAACUCAAAGUUUAAGGUGUGUCUCUCGUCCGGUUUGGUGACGGAAACGGCCUCCUCCGGGUCGGGUAUGGUUUCAGCUGGGAAAUCUUCGUCCGAUUUGAUGGACCACGGCCCGAGCGCGGGCGCCAGUGGCGAUGACAAUGCCAAGGACGGUAAGUGGCGUAUGAUGUUCAACAAGGACAAACGUCCGGCAGCAAAGGAUUCGGCCGGUUCCGGUACUGCCACUGCCGGCAGCAGUUCGGCGGCUCUUGCCCAGAAACAGCACGCAUUCGGCAACGAGUCCGACGAAGAAACGGCUGGCGCGGCCUGGUCGGGGUCCGGCGGGAAGGCACAACACUACUCCGACCAACGGGGCAGCCGGUUCGGAUCGAGCCGCUACGACGAUCGUGGCCGGGGCGCGAGUAUGGAGAAAGGAAAAGGCUCGGCGGCGGCGGUCACUGCGUCAACCGUCAAAUCCGGUCCGGUAGUUUUGGACAAGUUCGGCAACUUCCGGCUAGCGUCAGCGGAAACACCAAGCAACAAGCCACCGGAACCGGCCGCGGCCCCUCCGGUGCGAAGGUCGCGCAGCAAGUCGCGUCACCGCACGUACUCGUCCCGGUCCCGGUCGAGAUCGCGCAGUGAGCGGCGCGGACGGUCGCGUUCCGGUAGCUUCCGGCGUCGCUUCAGCCGGUCUCGGUCGCGUUCGUUUAGCCGUUCGCGUUCGGGAAGCUACUCGCGGAGCCGUUCGCGGUCGCGCAGCUUCGAGCGGCGCCGUUUCGAUCGCCGCUUCUACCGCGGUGGGCGCGGUGGCAUGGGAGGCGGCGGUGGAUACGGGGGCGAUCGGAUGAACUCAUUCGGCGGCAACCGGUUCAACAAUUCGCGAGGUCAUUACCGUCGCGGUGGAUUCCGUGAUUUCCGCGACAAUCGUUUCGUUGGCCGCGGCGGCGGUGGUGGCGGAGGCGGUGGUCGCGAUCGGCCACCGUUCCGGCCGAGGUACCGUGGCCGCUUCCAGCGUUCGUACAGCCGCAGCAUGAGCAAGUCUCCGGAUCGGCGUCCGGUCGGCAGUCCGGGAGAUGAUCGACCGCGGUACCGGGAUAGCCGCCGGGGGGAUAGUCGCGGAGCGCGGGAUCGGGCAGACAGCCGGGACCGUUCGCCGGCCCCGGCUCGGCGUGGUACGAGUCGCGACAGUCGUGACAAUCAGCGUGACGACGAAAGCCGUGAUCGUCACCGCCGAUCGGAGGAUCGCGAGUCUUCGAAGCGCUCGAAGGACGACUCGUCCGUGAGUGGUGGCGGCGGCGGUGGUCGAGACGGGGCAGGAACGGCCGACGGUGACACAUCCAAGAACGACGAUGGGUCGCCCCGUGCCCCGGCCAAAUCGCGAAGGCGCCGCUCGAAGUCCGCCAGUGGAAGCCGAAGUCCCCAGUCGACGGGCUCGUCGGGUAAAAAUGUGCUCACUGACAUCGAGGGCCGCUGGGCAGAUCGCGAGGAACGGGCGAAUGACAAGAGGUCGGAACGGGAAGACGACGAUGAUGAUGGACCUUCAGCACCUCCGCCGCGUCCGCGUGCCGGUGAAGGCAAUGCGGACGAUCGCCGAACUGCAGGGGACAAGGGGGCAUCCGGUGGUGGUACCGGAACGGAUGCAUCGCAUUCCGCCGCAACGGAGGACGGCGCUGAUGAUGCGACGAUGUUAGAGCUCGAGAAACUGCUCAUGAAAGCGCGCAAAGAGCGCAAGGAAGAAAUGAUGGAACGUAACAAGGAUCUGCUGAAGAAGACCACUUACUAACCGGAUGCGUUGUCCCCCACGCCCCCUAAUCAUCUAUCUGCGGACGAUUUAAUAGCUGUCUCGUGUAUCGAUCGCUCAUCGGCAUCGCGUUGAUUGAUCAAUAUGAUUUGUAUUUUUAACCAUCGCUACCACCACAUCAGAUCGUGGAAAUAAUUGAACUCUGUAAACGUUUAGCGAUUAGCACAGGAAAAAGCGUGUUGUUGGAUUCUCAUUUGUGUAGCAUCCGAAAUAGGGAGGCAGAGUUCGUUAGUAUCGCUUUUUCGGAAACGAGUCGCAAACAAACCCAUGAACCA